AAUAUGAAAGAAGCUUUCAGUCUUACGACAGUACCCUCUCUUGACCCAGUGUCUGCAGGAAUCAGAAGGAAUUUUAAGAGCAACCCUAGAAGCUACAAAAUGAAAUCAGUACUCUGCUCAUCAAUGGUCAAAGAGAUUGCCUUCAUUGAUAAGCUACGUCGGUCAGGAACUCUUUUCGCUGGAGAUAAGCCAAAGUCCAUCAAAGAUGAGGAUUCAGAGUCCAGUUUGGAGCGAAAAAUUAGAUUCUUUUAUUCCCCAUAUAACAAAAUGGGGAAUUAUAAGCCGUACAUGAAGUUUGAGAUAGAAGACGAAGAUAACUGUCUCCAGAGUUUAUCGGUAUCUCCUAAGAGAAAAUCAACUUGGAAUAAGCUGUCCAAGAUUAUUAUUAAAGAAGACCCCAAAACAUGGAAAUAAAAUGGUCAAUAAUAUCUCUCACAUUUAUGUCAAUAAUCCUAAAAAGUUUGGUGAUAGUCUAAAGCCUCGAUCAAAUUAUUCCAGAAGUAAAGUAUCUAUCUCUACUUUUAAUGAGACUCAACCUGGGAACAAGCUGCAACCUUCCAAGUUUAGGAAGUCUUAUGUCCAUAAGAAGAGGAAGAUUAUGGUUAAACACAUCAAACCGAGACUUACUAAAGUUGAUCAUCAUAAGACUCUUGACCAUCAUACAGUUACAGUAAAUAAAGUGGCAAAAAGUCGUCCUUUCUCUCCUGAAGCUAGGCAUAAAAAGCUACUUGAUGAUAUUACGAACAUAAAACUUGCUAAGGAGUCAUGUGAGAACCCUAUUUUCUUACUUUCCCCACGCCCUGAGCAUCCAAGGUCGCAUCAGCCACAGGUGCCUACUAGGAGAAGACUUCAUUUGAGUAAAAACAAAGCAUUAUGUCUUAAGAAGAAACAGGUUUUUAUGUCUAAAGGAGACAAUUUCAUCAAAAGAGCCAGGAGGAGGGCUAAAAUUAGCACUACCAAAGUGCCCAUUAGAGUCGAUCGCAGUCACUAAUUCAUAUCUAAAUAUUUGUUAACUAUA